UCCUCCCACCGCCAACAAGCCCCGCCCACCAAGAGGCCCACACCACGAGUUUGGGUCUCCGCAGCGCCCGUAGUAUUGAACUUUCACCGCUCCUGCGGCCGGCGCCGGGGGAUAGCACGCAUGCGUCUUGUCGUCGAAUGGGUGGCACCCUUAUCCUCGCGGCGGCGGCAGGAACCGUGGCCGUGCUGCUGGCAGUGCGGCUAUGGGUAGUGCUGCGUCCCCGCGCCGCUGUGCCCCGGCGGUCUCUCAGCCUCUUGGUGGUGGCUGGGUCCGGUGGUCAUACCACUGAGAUCCUGAGGCUGCUCGAGAACUUGUCCGAUGCUUACUCUCCUAGACAUUAUGUCAUUGCUGACACUGAUGAAAUGAGUGCCCAUAAAAUAAAUUCUUUUGAAGUAAAUCGAGCUGAUAGAAACCCCAGUGCUAUGUUUCCCGAAUACUAUAUUCACCGCAUUCCCAGAAGCCGGGAGGUCCAGCAGUCCUGGCUGUCCACGGUACUCACCACCUUGUACUCUCUGUGGCUCUCCUUCCCCCUGACUCACCGAGUGAAGCCAGAUUUGGCUCUUAAAAGAGGACCUGAGAACUUGCUGCCCCAACAGAAGAUGCUUGGACUGUGGCCCAGCAGUGCCCUCGGCAGGAUUUGUGGGAGGAGAGAAGACUGCAGUUCAGUCAAAAGAGCCACUGUUGAUCUUGAAAGAACAUCAGCCAUACAGAUGACACAAGGGACUGUACCUCAUGCUGCUUUUGUGCCUUGCUCCACUCUUGGUCACACCUACCACAGCUCAGGACAGAAUGUAGCCAUUAAGGCCUCAACCCAGACCACGGAGGUGAACUGUAUUUUCCGAAGUUGGCCAGCCACAUGCUCUGAAUAUGACCUGGCCGCUUCCUCACGCAGAAGUGGAGUCUGGUUGCUCUCCCUUCGAAUUUAAACCGGCCACCAGAAUGCAGCGAGAGUGGGAAGUGACAUUCUAACUCAGACAUUCCCCGGGAGAUGCCCUCACAGAACGCAGCCACCAGGCUGUGAGAAGCACAAGCCCCACGGAGAGGCCAGGUGUAGGUGUUCAAGGUCACGGUCACAGCUGAGCACAGGCUUUGCGUCAUCUCAGUCCAGGUGCUAGACGUGUGAGGGGAGAAGCCUCCAGAUGAUUCCAGCCCCGCCAUUUGAGUCACUCCCAGCCUUUCUAAUCCUCCCAGCUGAGGCUCAAACACCAUCGAGCAGAGAAAAGCCCUCCCUUCUGUGCCUAGUGAAUUUCUGACCCACAGCGUCCAUGAGCAGAAUUAAAUGCUUGCUGUUUUCUGCCGCAAAGUUUUCGGGGAAUUCAUUUCAAAGCAGUAGGUAAUUAGAACAAUAACUUUUCAGAAGGAGCCAGUCCCUCUAAAGUUUGGUUACUUUGGCUUAAUAUUAGGAGAGGAGAUGAUUUCUCCCUCCAAGGCAAAAGGAAGAAAAUGUAUUUCUACACCAUGGAUAGGAAAAGGCUUUUUUUUUUUCUUUUCUCCUUGCUCCUUGGCCUGCAUGUAGCAGUGAAAUAGAAACCAAUGGAUUCUUUUAAAUCUUUUAACCAUAUGCAGAUGAAUAAGCAAAUGCUUGGACUUGAUUCCUAAUCUCUUUUCCUUCCCUGUAUAACUGAUUUUUUUUCCACUC